AUGGCUAGCCUACGUAAAACACAUCCCCUCCUAAAAAUCGCAAAUGACGCACUGGUUGACCUCCCAGCCCCCUCCAACAUUUCAGUCUGAUGAAAUUUUGGCUCGCUACUCGGACUCUGCCUUAUUGCUCAAAUUCUCACAGGCCUAUUUCUAGCCAUACACUACACAUCAGAUAUUGCCACAGCCUUUUCGUCUGUUGCCCAUAUCUGCCGAGAUGUAAACUACGGCUGACUUAUCCGCAAUAUACAUGCCAAUGGGGCCUCUUUCUUUUUCAUUUGCAUUUAUGCCCACAUUGGACGAGGACUUUACUACGGCUCUUACCUUUACAAAGAAACCUGAAACAUCGGAGUUGUUCUUCUCCUCCUAGUAAUAAUAACAGCUUUCGUUGGCUAUGUCCUCCCCUGAGGACAAAUGUCUUUUUGAGGUGCCACUGUCAUUACCAAUCUUCUAUCUGCCGUCCCCUAUAUUGGUAAUACUCUGGUCCAAUGAAUCUGAGGAGGCUUCUCCGUAGAUAACGCCACCCUCACCCGUUUCUUUGCAUUCCACUUCUUAUUCCCCUUUGUCAUUGCAGCCGCCACUGUACUCCACCUCCUGUUCCUUCACGAAACAGGCUCAAACAACCCCCUCGGACUUAACUCCGACGCAGAUAAAAUCUCCUUCCACCCAUACUUUUCUUACAAAGACCUACUAGGGUUUGCAGCCUUACUUAUUGCACUUACAUCCCUAGCACUAUUCUCCCCCAACCUAUUAGGAGACCCAGACAAUUUCACCCCUGCCAACCCCCUCGUCACGCCUCCCCACAUUAAGCCUGAAUGAUACUUCUUAUUCGCUUACGCCAUCCUACGGUCAAUUCCAAACAAACUGGGAGGAGUCCUGGCACUACUAGCCUCAAUUCUAGUCUUGAUACUAGUUCCAUUACUUCACACCUCCAAACAACGAGCCCUAACCUUCCGCCCCCUUAGCCAGUUCCUUUUCUGAACUUUAAUUGCUGAUGUAAUUAUCCUCACCUGAAUCGGAGGUAUACCUGUAGAACACCCAUUUAUUAUUAUUGGCCAAAUUGCAUCCGUCCUAUACUUCUCGCUCUUCUUAUUUUUAAUACCAGCAGCAGGAUGAGCAGAAAACAAAAUCCUCGAAUGACGGU